UCUGCAAAUCGGAAAGAAGAGAGAGAGAGAGCCCUAUCUGCUGCCACCCCUCUGCCUCCCCGUCGCUCGGGUUACCCUGCCUUCCGCCUUGGGCGUCGUCGUCGUCGUCCUCCUCCUCCUCGUCUCCGGCCCGCUCCGCCUCCAACCGGAACCUCAGGUCCCCUUCCCCGUGCCUCAAUCCCAACCCAUCCCUUUGCCGCGGCUAGUUUCUCCAUUCCUCCAAUUGAUCCCUCUCACCCGAACGCGCGCGUCACGUGGGCCUCCUCCUCCUCCUCCUCCUCCCGCCGAACGCGCGGCCGAAGGCGAUUAGGCAAGGCCAUAUUUAUGCACAAUGGUGCUCUGUCAUGGCUUAUCUGCUGGAAAUGCUCAGCUGCUUGCCUUUCCUGCGGCUAAGCAUAACCUCUGUUUUGCAAGAAGAUCAUGCCUUCGUACUCCGGCAGGAUCAUUGAGUCUAAACAAUGAUCGACUUCAUGCCGAAAGGAAGAGUUUUUCGGUGGGAGCUGUGCGAGCUAGCACUGGUUUUGCCCAAAAUAUAAUGCUUAUGUCAAUCCAAAGGGAUGAUUAUAUCAAAGGCACUCUGUCACUGUCAAGAUGGCACAAUUAUCUUCGAAGACCUGAAGUUGGUUGUCGAGCAUCCUCUUCUUUAGCAUCAUUCAGCUAUCCUGAGUUGACUUCGAAACCCAGGUGGUGGUGGAGGACUCUAGCAUGUGUGCCAUACUUGCUGCCACUCCACAACAUGUGGUCGUAUGCCGAUGUCAUCUACCAGCUGCACACAUACUUGCAGGGUUUUUCAUUGGUGUAUACCUUCAUUGAUACGAUGACACUGUUUCCAGGAUGGCUCUUGCUGGUGAUUUUUAUGACAGUAUACUUCUUUGUCGUGAGACGGAAGUGGUCACCACACUUUCUUAGGUUCCAUGUGAUCCUGGCUAUCCUUCUCGACACUGGCUCCCAAGCAGUCGCUACAAUGUGCACCUGGAUGCCUAGCAUCGUGUAUCAGGGGAAACCUAUGCAGUAUUUCUGGAUGGCAAUUGCUUUUAUACAGAUCUUCACAGUGCUCGAGUGUAUGCGGUGUGCUCUUGCUGGGAUGUAUCCGAAUGUUCCCUUCAUAUCUCACACCGCAUUUAUCCAUUCUGAUCUGAAUCUGUUCAGGUAGCAAACAGGCCGCCAUAUCAGGUUCUGGGAUAUCAGAAGGGUGGAGGGAAGAAUGGCAAGUAGUGUAGUUCUUUUUUUGCUAUAGCUGCUUACAAUUAAAUAGACUGUAUGUUUAAUUUAUCUUUGAAUCCUCGUGUGAUUGUUAUCAUCAUGACCUUUUGCUGUUGCAAAAAAAUUUGAACAGCAAUAAGAUUGGAUAUCUCGGAUGUUGAA